UUGUUUUUGAUACUAGUACAGUAGGAUAUGACGAUUUUGUCCAAAACAAUCCUAAUGAGAUGUCCGGUGGUGGAGAAAUAUCAUAUGAUUAUUUUCGAGGGUCUUCCCCCUUCCAAAGAGGAUAUGGUAUUCAAAAAGGAGCUGGAGUCGGUGAUGUUAUGCGCGGACUAUGGCGUUUCUUUCUUCCUGUUCUUCGCAAUGUUGGAAAUACUGUAAAGUCAGAAGCAAUUAACACAGGGCAACGCGUUCUUGAAAGAGUUAGUCAGGGAGACCCAAUCAAAGAAGCUUUCAUCA